UUUGGUCCUUUCUGAUCCCGAAAGGCAUUAGUCUAAACCUGAGGUGUUACAGAGCAUGUAUACAUACCUCUAGGAUCACAUACACACAUGCACUACAAAGACAUGAAGCUGUCUGUUGUAUUUUCUGGGAGCUGAGGUUUCUGAUCAUAAGGACUGAUUGAAGUUGGAAGUUGAUUCAAAGUAUAGCAGUGCUCACCGAAGGCUCUUCUUUUCUUCUGAAAAUGUGGACACAGGGGCCGUAAACACUUGGAGUGCAUUUCUUCACCUCGAGUUGCUGACCUACUACAGUCACAUUGGAACACUUUCCUCAAAUGCCAGAAAAGAUGAUGUAGACAACAUUAAACUCUUGAGACAUGGCAGCAGUUCAAAGCUCUGCCUUUGAGGACCCAAACCUGGGGUCAGGCCCAGCUGAGGAUGAAAUAUCAUUGUUGGAAGAGUCGGACUCUGGAAGUUUGCUCUCUGAUGACUCCGUUCUCCCUGAUUAUGAACAAGAGGACAAGAAAAAGGAAACUGCCAAAACACUAUAUGAGGCGUGUGUUCAAAACGAUUCAGAAGCACUGAGGAGAGUGUUGGAACGUGGUGUGACCCAUGAUGAGGUCAUGGAAGUUGACAUUAAUGGCUGGAAUGGACUGAUGGUGGCUGCAUAUAAAGGAUUUCUUCCGAUUGUUUAUGAGCUGCACAGCUGUCCACACCUGGACAUUAACCACCAAGACAAUGACGGCAACACUGCUCUAAUGAUCGCUGCUCAAGCUGGUCAUGUCUCCAUAUGUAACUACAUCAUGAAUUACUUCCCUGGAGCAGAGACAGAGAUCAGAGACAACAGAGGAUUCACCGCCCUCAUUAAAGCUGCCAUGCAGGGCAGGACUGAUGUGGUGGCAGCUCUUUUAAUGCACGGUGCUGAUGUAAACGCUGUAGACAAGAACCGUGGUAAAUGUGCACGUGACUGGGCACUGAAAACAGGUCGCUUUGAGACACUGACACGUCUGCGCCACCUUGUACUCCAUCCCACAGCGGAACAGUUCUGUGACACCUAUGUCCCAGAGUGGCCCGACCUUAAGUUGCUGGUCAGCAAAGCAACAGCCAAUAAGAGUGCUGGCCAAAAGUUGACUCAUCAUCUCAAGAGUACAUUCAGUUUCAGUUUUCCACGCGACCCACAGGAAAAUGGCGUCAUGGAUCACAUGGUGCGAAUGACCACCAGCCUACACAGCCCGCUCAUAGCCACGGCCACGCGCCCGCUUUGCCCGAGCAGCCCUCCACAGGUAGGUAAACGUCGGCUGGCUGUGGCUGAGCUGAUGCAGAAGCACUCAGAGAAACAGCUGGAGGAGAGUUCGCUGUGCCAUCGAAACAGCUCCAUCUGCAGCGUUUCUCCAUCUACCCACUCCGUCGAGUCCGUCUCCGUGUCCUGCUGUGCCGAUACAGAGAGGCGUGGAAGUGUGCUGUCCAUUGCUCAGUCCGGCAUGCGCACAUUCAUCCCUCGUAGCGUAGCGUCAAGGCGCAACAGUGUUUUCCCCUCGGGCUGUAUCCCACAGAUCAAGGUCACUAAAUCCUCUGAACCCACUCCAAAGAAAGUGAAGAAGAAUAAAAGGCAGAAAGGUUACCUGGAGCCUCCAAAGUGGAAGUACAAGGAGGCCAAGGAAGAGAAGAAGAAAGAGAAGAAAGCGUUAAAGGAAAAAGAAGAGAAGGAAAAGGACAAGAAAAGCAAAGACAAGGAUAAAAGAAAUAAGACAAAGUGAUGACUAAGGGUUUUUGAAAUCUUUUAAACUCUGAUAAGCACUCACUGUCCUCAGUGUUGUGGGGCAACGCUUGAUGACAGAAUCAGUGAAGCAAUCCAGUGAAGAACGGAUGGGACCUGAGAAGAAGUGCAUUUUGAAACCUCAGCGGUGCAGUCCUGUCUCACGAAAUCAUUUCCUACCAUCAUUGGCAGUUGAAAGGGGAAAUGUAUCAAUGAUCGUUUCAGUCCGUCUCAAACCGUUUAAGAUAUCUGAUUGGAUGACUUGCAAUAGUUCCUAAAUGUAUUCUGCAUUAUGUAUUUAAAUAAACAGCAACAUAAUCAGAACUGAAUUAUGCUAGAAAUAAUUCAGUUCAUAUAUUGAACAAUUUAAUUAGGCAUAGUCCAUCACUAACAUAUAAUUAAAAAACUACAACAAAUUUAUCAUAGCUCAUCUGUACGUAUUUAAAGUCCCCGUGAAAUCAAAAUCGAACCUAUUUACUUUGUUAGCGCAUAUUACUAGUCUUGUGGUGAAC